AACCACCGUCACCAGCACAAGCAGCAAACGGGGAGAGAUAGAGCGACGAACAGGCCAUAGAAAUCUCCAGCAGGGCGCUAUGAAGGUCUUCUGUGUGGUGGUUGCGCUAUGCUGCGCCGGGCAGGCGGCGGCAGGAUCGACGGGUGCUGGGCCCUUGCACGGGCUACGCUCUGCCCUGAUGACACAGCACCAGCAGCAGCGGCCCGGUGGCAACAUGAACACCAGGCGGAGGUGGAGCAUGGAGAAAGCGCAACCUCACAUCAGCCCGGUGCAGGGCCGGUACAGCUGCGUGGCGGCCGCCCUCCCUGGAGACUCUUUCACCAGCGAAGUGGUCGUCGGAGGGGUGCUCAACUUCCUCAGCAUCUACAACCUGCUCAUCACCGGCCGUGUCCUGCUCUCCUGGGUGCCGCAGCUUCAAGGUGUGCAAGCCUUGGAGCCGGUGUACCUUCUCACCGACCCCUACCUCAACGCAUUCCGAAGGCUUAACCUGACGAUCGGUGGCCUGGACCUGUCGGUACUGCCGGCCUUCUUUCUCCUCUCGUUCGCGACCAACGCCGUGGCUUCUCUCGGGGCGGAGAUGCCGGCGCCAUUGAAGCGGGGAGCUAGCUGGUUCGAAGGCCGCCAGGCGGCCCUCUCCCGCUCCCGCCGCAACCUCGCUGCCUCUUCCGUGGCAGCGUUCGUGGGACGCACCAGCUCGCCGCCGCCGUUGUCGUCGAAGUCGGAGUCCGAGACGGAGGCUCCCCCGGGCGCCGCUAAGACGACACGCAGGCCUCUUGUCGCGUUCCGCGUUUAGACAGCGAUGGAUGGACGCAUCGUUUGCCAUAUAUUCCCUCUCGCUCGUGUAGUGCACACGGGGGUGGGAGGCUUAUAGACUUGCCUGUGUGUUCUUUUUUCGUGGGGGGCGCGGCGAGAGGGCGGGUUAUGGGCUCUCGUUGUGAAUUUCCGACCAAAUAUUGGUUAAGAUUCGUGUGUAAGAGGUGAGGCUUCGUCGAAUGCGCUCGUUCGGAGCCACCGUAGCGCCAACAUGACGAUUGUGUCAACGGUUCUGCUGGCAUUCCGCGUGAAAGCGGUGGCCAUCUUUUCGCGUAAUGAUCGAUCAAGCUAGCCUGCGCUUUGGAGACUUGCGUACAGGUAGGAUAGGCGCCGUUGUUGUUUCUUUCGGAUUCUUUGGCUAGUACAUUGGGGCACGUGUGGGAAGAGAGUUCUUGUGCGCAUUGCCUUCCAUUGACGUUUGAUACUUGGGGGGCGCAUUCCUGUGAAAAAGGAAGUCUUGGGGAUGGAACAGGACAAGCACGGUACCCCUUUUCGGACAACGAUUUGUGGGCGGGGAGGUCCUCCUCUUUUGUGCAAGAGAUCACGUUGGGUGGCGCAACGCCAUUGUAGGCAAGUACUGUGAAGGAGGGUGCGAACGUUCUUGUGUUCCAAUGAAGAGCCAUCCGUUUGCUUGUACCCAUGCCAUAUUUUUCGGAUUUUAUUCUACCCAUUUUGUCGAUGUCCUCCACUUGUAGUAUACGAUUCGACUUUCAGUGUUGGGUCGGGGGCGAUCAGCUUUGGUGGGUGGUCUUUGGGACUGACAGCCCCCGCAAAGAAUGUAGUACGUGUCAGCUGCGGCUAAUCUUGAAACUUGCGUGAUG